ACGCUUUCAUCGAUCCGUUCUUGCUUAACUUUGCAAUGUAGACUCAAAAUAAGCUUCUACUAAUUUCAAAACAGUAAGUUAUGUGACUAGAGGUUGUUUUAAAGGGGUUUGUUCUUCGCCAAAGGGCAGACGUCUGGAAUCACGAUCUGGAAUUCCCAAGCGCGCGGUGGCGCCGCGGAGUGGUACAAAUCGUUUGCCGCCCUCUCCGUUGAUCUCUGGAGUUCCGCGCCAAGGCAUUUCAUAGUAGGUUGCGUUCGUUGGUAUUCGUUGCGUCGAAUAUUUCAGCAUCCGUAGUCUCAAAACAAACCCGGAGUUGUUUCUGUUUGGUGGACAUUCAUCGGAUUACAAAUGGUAGGACGACGGCUGACCAUGUUGUGGGAGCGCCAAGCCCAACAAGAGAAGAACACCAGUUGUUUUGAAAAGAACUACCGAAUCGGCCAUCUGCUUGGAAAGGGCGGCUUUGGCACAGUGUACGCGGGUACACGCAAUAGGGACAAUCUUCCCGUGGCUAUCAAGCAUGUAUCAAGAGCAAAGGUGUCUGAAUGGGGAACGUUGAACGGACAACGUGUCCCUCUGGAAAUUGUGCUUCUUCGCAAAGUGGCUCACGUCUCUGGAGUAAUUCGUCUUCUGGAUUGGUACGAACGUCCGGAUUCCUUCAUAUUGAUCAUGGAGCGACCAGAAACAGUGAAGGACCUUUUCGACUACAUCACCGAAAAGGGCGUGUUGGAAGAGACAUUGUCGCGUCUGUUCUUCAAGCAGAUCGUCGAGUGUGUGGUUGCUUGCCAUAAAGCUGGAGUCAUUCACCGUGACAUCAAGGACGAAAAUAUUCUUGUGAAUCUCAAGACGCUGACCGUAAACCUCAUUGACUUCGGCUCAGGAGCUAUACUCCGUGAUGGGGUUUACACCGAAUUCGAUGGCACCCGGGUGUACAGUCCUCCGGAAUGGAUUCAGCGCAACCGUUACAAUGGACGCGCGGCUACAGUGUGGUCUUUGGGCAUCCUUCUGUACGACAUGGUUUGCGGCGAUAUUCCCUUCGAGCGAGACGAGCAGAUCCUCCGCGCAGAAGUGCACUUUCGCAGGAAGUUGUCUCCCAUGUGUGAAGACUUGAUCCGGAGGUGCCUCUCACUGUGUCCCGCAUCACGUCCUACGUUGGAAGACAUCCUUCAACACGAGUGGAUGGUGGCAGAGGAGCUGGACAGCACAGUGUCUGAGAGUAUUCCUGUGGUUCGACGACAAGAUGAGGAAGACUCUUCAGGCAGUCAGGACAGUAUUUGAUGACUGUGCACCGUAGUGGCUCAAAAUUCGCCGCCUGUGAUAGUGUCGCCCAAAGAGUGGCUGCUGCCCUAUUUAAUUUAGCCAUGUGUACAUAGUGUGCAUACCUAUAAAGACAUGUAUAUAGCUCACCCAUCAUUCAGUUUUUAAUGUUUAAUUUAUUACCCAUAUUAUUUAUCACUCUUUUGCAUGUACAGAGGCUGUACAGAUGGUUCCAGAUGUUAUUUUUGUAUUAAAUUUUUAAAAAUAAAUGCAUUUUGUCUCAUUUCAA